AUGGCCGAUCGUGCCGCGUGGAAGAAUUACAAAGCACAAAUGAAAGAGAAAAGAACGGGGAAGAAAAAAAAUAAUUCAGGAGUUAGUAUCUUAGAGGAAGAAUGUAUUGUUGUGCAGCGACUCAGCGCCGAUGUUUCAGGAAAGGCACAAAAAUAUACCAGAAUAGGUGCCAGAGAAUUUGUGUCCUUCGAAUAUGAUGAGGUAACUGUGGAUAACAUAAAACUUGCCUGCUUAAAUCACUUUGAUGUUGGUGAAAUGGUUUGUGAUGUUGUUGCUGGAGAACAGGGGCCAUCGUGCUCGUCGAUUAAGCAAAUACCUGAUCUUAAAGUGAUCCACGUGCGUUUUAUUCAUGGCUCUGAUGCAGGUGCAGGAAGCAACGUCGACGAAGGACAUAAAAGAAUUUUAAGAAAAAGGCCACGGUUGGCUUUACCUGGGCCAAGCGUAACCAAUUCGCAUCCAACACCGGCCGGACAGCAAUCUGCUAAAGAAAGUCAGUUUAUUCCAAGAAGUAUGUCACUAGUAGAAAUGCUCAAGCUUGGGAAAGAAAUCAAAGAAGCACCGACAACAGAAGUACAGCUAUUCAAGUUCGACCUAGAUCAGAUCUGUUGGUCAAAACACCCGAGUGUUGUUGAAUUUGUGAUUGAAAAAGACCCAUUUGGGACGGGAGGAUUCCGAAAUGCAUUCAAAGCUACAAGCCAAGCAAAAGAGUUCCGGUCAACUACAUGGGUGGUGAAGAAAUACCUCCCACAAGCUAUUCAAGACAUUGGUGUUACUGGUCAGACCGUAGAACAGCACACCAAGAAAGUGGUCCAGAUGCACAGUCUUGCACGACAUUUCGCUGCAAGACUGAAGCAAGAAAUGGAAAAAAGAAAUAAAGUGGAGAAUUUUGGUGAAUUCCUAAAGUAUAACAAAAUAUAUUUUGGUAAAUGUGGAGAGGAAUGUGUUACUGUGGAAGAAUUUAUAGCAGGAACAUUCACCAAACAUAUAAACAACACUGGUGAUGUUUGUGGAGAUAUCACUAGUGCUAUUUGCAAGAAAGCAGCAUGUCUCGCUCACUAUUCCUUUCAGCAAUCAGAGAAACAGCUAAUGGUGUUGGAUAUACAGG